UGUCCCAAAAGGUGAAAUUUCCAACAGGAAAAACAGCCAGGUCCAGCUCAACUAUGCUAACAGCAGUUAGCCAACUUAGCUCAGCCUGUGUGUACAAUCCCAACAGCGGAGCUAACCGCUGUUGACUUUGUUUGGGUGUGCCGGUAUGAGUUGUGCUGGUUUGAGUGAUGUUUUCUUCCAGGACAAAAAAAAAAUGCAACUCUUCUUCUGUGGUGCCGGGCUGACCCGCCACCUGCAGGCGAGUGACGAUAAUAAACAGGAAGUGGACAGCCGCGCGUUUGUUUACAGGAGUUUAAUGACAACAAGUGCGAUCAUGUGUGACAUGACGUUGAAUUAAAAUUAGCACAAUCUGUGAAAGAAAAUCUAACAGCUUCGAAUCAUACCUGAAUUACUGAGCCUACAUUUAAAUGGACAGUGGCAGAGGAGGAAGAGGAGGGAGAGGAAGGAGAGGAAAACGUGGGGGAGAGGACAGAGAUGUCCGCCUGUCUAAAUCUAUGUCUUAUGCUCUUCGGCAUGGAGCCAACCAGAUGGGUCUUCAACUUGGUACAGAUGGCUUCAUAUUUGUGGAGGAACUCCUGGCUCACGCUCAGUUCCGCUCGUACUCAUUGGAGGACGUUGAAAGAGUUGUGGCCACAAAUGACAAGCAGCGCUUUAAGCUUCGCUCCCACCCUGAGGACGGCCGCCUGCAGAUCCGAGCCAGUCAGGGCCACUCAGUUCAGGUUGCAGAUUUGGAGCUGAAACCGGUUCUGGCUGGUUCCCCGUACUGCCCUGCAGAGGCUGUUCACGGCUCUUACCUCCGCAACUGGAGCUCCAUCCAGCAGCAGGGCCUGAGCCGCAUGAGGAGGACGCACAUCCACUUAGCACCAGGCCUGCCAGGGGAGGAAGGCGUCGUCAGCGGCAUGAGGAAAGACUGUGAUCUAGCUGUGUAUAUUGAUGUCCCCAGAGCUCUAGCUGACGGUAUUGAAUUCUUCUGGUCAGACAACGGUGUGCUGCUGACUGCAGGCGAUGCAGAGGGAAGACUUCUCCCUAAAUACUUCAGCCGAGCCUUAAGACUGAGACCCACGAGGAGCAUCCUACCACUGCAGUAGCAUCAGAGGAUACCGUCCUGUUGUUGGUCACAGCAGGACUCGUCUGGUUGAUGCAUAUCCCAGUUGCUGAUGAUUUUUGGUCAUCAAUAGGAGAAUCCAUUCAAAAAUCAUUAUGAAUGGGACUAAAUUGGUAAACUUUAAAAUGUCUGUGUCUUUAUUACAAGAAGACAGAUUAAUCAGAAGAGGAAGGACUGACAGCAAGUAGCUCAACAGUUGGGCUGUGAUCACCCCCUGGAGGAUAUUUUGAGUUAUUCCUGACCACCACAGAGUCAGAGGCUCAAUGGCUCCAGCAUCACACCUAUAAACUGUGCCACACAUUGGAUCUACAUGAAGAAACUCACA